ACGUUCGAGAUAUAAAAAAACUUGGGUAUACAUAUCCUGAAUUAGAGAAAUUAAAAGGAUUAGAUUUGAAGGGAAUAAGAAAUUAUAUUCUUGAACUCUAUAAACCUGAUGACCUUUACAGAGAUCGGUUUUUCGUGAAAGUGACUAUAGAGUCGGGCAAAAUAAUUGGAACGUUCAUUGUUAGAGUUUUUGUUAAUUUACCCACAGCAAAUUCAGAAACACCUGCAAACUCACCUCAUUUUGCAGGUUUUAUCGCUAUGUGGCAAGGUAGUGGAUCAGGCCAUAAUCAUAACAAUACUUUAGUUCAUGGCACCGUCGAUAUCACAGCAGCUAUGGAACGGCUGAACAUAAGUACACAAACGCACCAUUUUGCUCAAGAAGUUAAUUUUGCUCAAACUAAUUUUGCUCAAGCUAAUAUUACAACUGGCACAGCUAUUUUCAAUAAUAAUACUGAUAUCAAAUUAGUUCCUGUUAUGAUAGAUGGUACUGAAAUUACUCCGAAAGCUGCUGGGGUCAAAUUAGUCGAAAUUUUCUCUUUCGAGCAUGAUAAGCGUAGCGGAGUCCAUAAGAAGCAUAAAAAUGAUUUAGAAGGUAACAAUAAGAAUUUACUAGUUUUAACUUCAACAAUUUUAUCAGGUUCACUAAUUUCAUCAGCUUCAAUUUCACCAGCUUAA